AUGUUUUAAUAAAAAGAAUUCGAUUAUUCAUAAACUCCAGAAGUGUAAUAAUUAUAUUAAGAAUUUGUUGAUGCCUUUGAGGAGAAAUUAAUUGUUGAAGAUUUUAUUCCAGUAGUUGAAGCAGCUUGUGGAGAAUAAUGUUCCUUGUUAUUAAAAAAUUAUAAAGAAGAAAAAAUUAGAAAUUAGAUUAGGAUGAAUUCUCAUAAUAAUUCAACUUUGAAUUGUCUGAACCAGAGAACUUUGAUUGCAUCUAUGAAGUCCUAGAAUAAGGCAAAGGAAAAAUAACUUUCGAAGGAUUAAAAGCAGCAAACCAGAAAUACAAAUUUGGAUUGA